UUCUUCCAUUCGAAGGAUUUCGAAAGAUCCCUGAUUGCAAAAUCUUUUUAAUGGGUUUAGUUCAUUCUACUCGUUUAGAUCUGACUACCCAUGCCUUGAUAGUUAUUUCUUGAUUGAUACAGGAAUUGUUUCACCGUAGUUUUGACUGAAGAGUUGAAAAAGGCAAAGAAGCAGAUAUGCAUAGGAGAGUGUCGGCGUCGGGGAGGCCUUCUGGUACAGAUGGCUCGGAUUUCUCGUAUCGAAUGGUUGUUGAAUCCCGGUAUCAAAAAGUAGCUCGUGCAAAAUCUAUUCUACGCUCAUUUUUCUUAGUUCAGGCUAUCACACUUUUGUUGGGACUAUUUUUGCUUCUAUUUCGAUCAGCGUCAAAUGAUUUGGCUCUCCGAGGCAUUGAGAUUGCAACUAUGGCUUGUGGUCUCAUUUCAUUGAUGAUAGGAGAAUUAGGUCGAAAACGCAGCCGAGUGAAUUUGUUGAGACUUUUUAUGGUCGCAUCAUCUAUUGUUGUCUCCUUCUUCAUAUAUUGUUCCAUUCAGAAGUAUUCAGGAUUCAUGGCUUCCAAAAGACCAAGCUACUGGGAAAUAGUUUUGGAGCUUCCCGAGGUCAUCCUUGCUGUUGUGGGACUAGUGUUUCAUGUAUUUAUCAUUAGCUACACAUUUCAUCUCAUUGCUAACAUGUCUAUCUCUAAGAGAGCUUCAUAGAUGUGUCUCGGAAUCCUACAUCAGUGUUAA